AUGGUCUGCAGGAAUGGUAGCAGUCAGGUAGCUGGGCUGCUGCUCUCUUUAUGGUGCAACAAAGGUAGCUGUGCUCGCUUGCUCUAUCUCACUCUCUGUGCUCUCCUCUCUCUGUGCUGCUUUUCUGAUCUGCUGUAGCAUAUGUAUACAGAGAAUGCCUUAAUGCUGCAACUGCUGCACUGAUGAUAUUUCUUUUUGUUCACAUUUUGUUGCUGUAAAACACUCACAAACACAUGCAUGCAUUCACACACUCUGGACUGUUCUUGUAAAGGAAUUACGAUGUCGUCGGCUCGUCUCAUCUAUAUGUUUUUUGUCUGUAUUGUUUGUGCAGGAAUCACGAUUUUAUUGCAAAAAGAGGAUGCAUGUAUGUGUGGAAUUAGCAUGCGAUGUACUUUGACAUGUGAAAGGACCGCAUAGCCGCCUCUGAGCCCACAGGGAGGAGAGAUCACAGGUGAGGAGAAAGGAAUGAGAAAGUGGGAAAAAUACAAAACAAUAGGAUGCACCCUUAAGAUUCAGAAAGCGAUGGCUUUAAGACAACGGUGUUCACGUUGAAAUUUUGUUGUGGAUUAUGAAUACAAAGGAGGGGAAAGAGUGGUCGUACGUAGGGUGAGUAAAAGAGGAAGUAGGAACAUUUUCUAAGUUUGGGUUUGAGCUCUUUGUGUUCACAGUGGACCUUGAUUUAAUUUCAAUACAAUUAAGGCACGCGGUGAAUGCCAAGAGAGAAGCCACAGUCUUCGCUCACCUGAGACACCAACGUAAAGCCGCCUCUGGGCAGGAGAGUGGCUCUGACGACUGCACAGAUGGAUGUUCGCCUCAAUCCUAUGAGAUUAACAGGAGACGACGUUUAUGGUCACUCAGAAGCCGGAGAAGAAGCAUUAGAUAAAGAGGUUACAAAGCAGCGGUGACCUAAGACAGGUGAAUAGAUAGGGUUAUGCAGGGAGCAGAGGUAUCUUAAAUCAUGGUGAAACAGAGAGGGAAAUCUGAUAUAAUUACUGGACACUAGUAGAAGUAAUAUACGGGUUUUAAUAAUGACAGAACAGGCAAAGCCAUAGGCAGCCUACCAGUGUGGGUCUUGUGGCCAAAUGGACAGAGGGAUCACACCAGGGGGAUUUGCCAUGUGGUGACAGAGGGCCACUUCAAAGGUCUGUCUGUUUACGCAUGAGCAUACACUCGCUGAAUCUGAGAAGAUGGACAAACAGGGUGAGAAUAAUGCGCAGAAAGAGCAGGAAUAUCGCUUUCGCUUACAUCCAUAAAAUAAGAAAGAAAACGUGUCUCGGAUCAUUCUCAUGCAUUAUCAUAUUUUCAUCACAUUCAUAUGAUUUAUUACUUCAUUUGACGACUAUAAGAUACAUUAAAGCAGUUUUUCCUUGUAAUUUUUUAAUGUCAUGGCUUUGUGUUUUUGUUCUGCAAAAAAAAAAAAAAAAGUCUCAAUAAAGAAGUCAUUCCAUGGACAACAUUUCUAUUUGUACUAUCUAGCACUUCUCUUCAAAGUAAAGGGCCCAAAGCACAUCAAGUCAUUUAAAUAAUGAGCUUCAUCUCAACUCCUAUAAUCACAGAGCUGCAUCAAAUGAUUCAAGCUGUAAACCACUGCAGGCGAUAGGGAUGUGAGCUGACCUACAUCUCAGAUGAUAGAGGCGAGAUAUCAAAGAAAAAUGAAAUCGUGGAUUUUUGUUGAAAUUUAUUUUGAUCUAUUUCACUGCCCACUGCUUUCAUAUAAGGCUAGUCUAUUCAAGAUGUCACCCGAGGAUGUGAUCGAUGAAAGAAUGAGGAUAAAAUCAACACAACAUAAACCAUCUCUGAGAAUGUAAUAUUUAGGCCGGGGAGAUUAUAAAAUAAACGCAGAAGGGAUUUUCACAGAAUAUAUCCUACAUCAUCCUGUAUCAUGUCGACAUGCCUCUUUAUGUCCUGAUGCAUCAGUGGAUGACAUUCUGUUAUUCUGUGUCAUCUCCAGACAAUAGGAGCGUGCAGAGGGCAAGUGUGCCACAUAUGUUGAGACAGAGGUCAUCAACUGUUUAUGGGCCUCUUCCCCUGUCUGCACAUUAUGCAUUUUUCAAAAACUCUCAAUAGAAUUGAGACACUAGGAGAAAUGAGGGGGUUAUACUCCAUGAGUCAACAGUGCCGGACCCCUGGAGAUAGAGAGCAGGUGACCGUGUGUAGGGCCCCCCCGUACAUGCAGAAAUCAUUCAUCAUCAUGACAUAUUCCUAAAUGGCAUACAUAUAUUUAUACCUAGAUAGAUUUGAAAUAGAUCAAACCUUUUUGAUACGGUGUGAAAUAAUACGGAUAUACUGAUAUGUCAAAUUGCGGUUAUACAUUGUGGGGCUUUUUCCUCAUGUGAAAAAAUAAAUAGACUUUAUGAUUUUAACACCAAAAAUAAAUCUAUAUUUGUGAAAUAUAAUGAGGAUUAAGAGACUGGACCUCCAGUGUAGUAUUUUAAUUUAAUACAUAAAGCAGUUUGACCGUCUUGUUUUGCCGUAUUUUUCAUCUUUACAGCAUGAAUGUAAAAGACAGGCUGUAUGAAACAAAACACAAAAAGGGAGAAGAAAUCUAAUUUAGUCAUGUAAAUAGAGGUCGGGUUGGCGACAUGGUGAAGCGUCACUAAUGGAAGAAAGAGAUGGAUGCCUUAUGAUAAUGAGGGAAAAUAAAGCAGAACCAUGACCUUGCAGUGCAAUAUGAACCCAUCGACACCAUGCACAUAAUGUGUGCAUGCAUGCUCGCUGACUGAACAAUACUUAAUAUAGUGACAAUUUUAAAAGACCCAAGUCAGAAAAUAUUACAAGGGAACACAGUGUUACUCUAAGGUGAAUUUAUAACAAGAUUUAUACAUUUCUUUACAAUGUGUUAGUUUUAAAAUGAAAUACAAGGUGGAAAAUGAUUUUAGGUAUUAUAUGAACUUUUCUAGUUUGGUUUUUAUCUUAAUUUACCCUACACCACAUUCAGCAGAAGUACACACAGAAACAAAGAGGAAGAGAGAAAGAGAGAGACCUUUUUUUCUUUUUACCACUGUAGGCCCACGUAUUUUGUUCCUCUACCACCUCCAUGUAUUUAGUUUGAUCUUUGCCCUGAGUUAGAAGUGCUGACCUCCUCCUCCCCUCUUCUUCCUCGCAGUCAGCCCCCUCCUCCCUUCUCCUCGUGCAAUUUCUCCCCAUGGUCCCAUUUCGCUUUCUUCUCCUCCAUCGUCUCGGUGGCUGUCUUCUGUCUUCAUCUCUUUUGUGGCCGUUCAUUUGCAUCCCCAGAGUGGCUGAAAGGAAGUCCCCAGAGACGCGCUGACAAGGGUCACGGGAGAUCCCCUCGAGGCAGUGCGCUUGCCACGCACCCUCAGCAGCGCAGACACGACACGUGCCGUCGACCCCCCCCCCCCCCUUCCAGAACGACACGCACGCACGCGCAACGAAGGCCUUUCUAAUAAAGUCCAAUAAAGUUGAGUGAUGCUCGACUGACAUUUUAACCGAGGAGUCAGAGAAAGUUCAAGUUUUGGCGUUUAAUACUUCUUUUAAUAAUUCUAGGCUUACUUGAAUAUCCGUAAGACUACAAUUGAUUUUAAAAAAAUUAAGUUUUUAUGUAGAAUCUCAUGAAACAGUGGGUUUACAGGUGGAUUUGAUUUAUAAAAGCUAUAAAUUAAUGCGAAAUAAAGUAUAGUAAGAGCUGAAAUACAUAUUUUAAAGUGUGUUUUUACUGGGCUGGUUGGAUUUAGCUUGUUGGUUGACUCACCUCUGGGUUGAAACCUCAUGGUCCAAGCUAUUCUGAAUCAAGGUCAACAGUCUCGAUGCUUGCAGUACCUCAAAACUUGGUGCACACAGGGCGAAAUCUAGACAAAUCCAUCAACACUUCAGAGUCUCUGCCAACAGACAAGAGGACACUGAUUUCAACCUUUAAAACAAAAACGAUAUCGCUUUUUGUGCGAAUAUAAGUGGAGAAACAGGACGUGCUCCUUUACAGGCCGUAUUUAGUAUACCCGUUAUCCCCGACUCCUCAGUAAACGAACAUGCACUGCAGUAAGCAAUACUGUGUCGCCCUCUUGUGGGUGAAACGUAAAUUACAACUGCACUGACAAGAAGAGAAAAUGGCGGAUUGCAGAUAAGUUUCCAGUACAGGUACUUCAACACAGGGAGGAUUUAAAUACAUGAUAUUCACAUUUUCACAGCUUUUAAAGGAUCUUGCAUAUCAAAGUUCAAUGUUACAAAGAUGCCACAAGUAGACACUCACAGUAUGACAUUCAUGAGACAACCCAAAAAAUAAAAAGAAAAAGAGGAAAACCCAUACGCCAAUUGUGGAGCAUCUUUAUUAUGCCACGAAUAAAAGCCAGUAGUUCUGAAAGAGGAGCUUUGUGUAAUUUUUUUCCUUUUUUAUUUUAACUCACCAACAUCAACAUUCUGAAAAUGAUCGAAGCUGAUUGUGAUACUAUAAUAUGUAAAGUUGGCUGAGCAGUCAGAUGCAGAGGACGUGACGGGGAUGGGAAGUGGAAGAUGAAAGAAAUGCAGGGUACAGCAGUGUGGUUUGGUGUGAAGGUAGGAUGGACGGUCGAGAAUGAAGGAGAGCAGAAAACAUUCGUUCCUAAACCCCGGAGGGGCAGGAAAAAUUAUGAGAAGAAUGUACAGACACACUGCACAACAAAUUUCAUUACAGUCAAACAAGGGGAAUGCACACCAGUUCUGCUGAAUAUACCACAUUUAUUACUUUUGAACUGAUUAAUAGAAAGAGUGGGGGCAAGGCCACUCGCAUCACCGUCUUUAGAAAAACUGAGAAAGGAGGGAAAACAAAAUACAAGAAAGCAGCCCAAAGCAACGAUGAAUUAACUCAUCCAAGAGAAAGGAACAGAGGGUAACUUAAGUCCAAUGAAGACUGUCAAAUGAGGGCCCCAAUUACUUAUUAGACCAUAAAAUUAUACACCGAGCAAGGCUCGUCAACUUAACGUUUCCUGCUUUCACACUCUUCACCCCCCUUUCACUAUACUUCCUCUCCAGACCUGCCCGCCCUCACACUCUGUCCACCACAUGCGAAAGCAAAACAGAGGGCCAAUCCGAACCCAUUCAGUCCUCUCAAACAAAACAUGGCAAGUACUGUAUGAAACAGAUGCUGUGGCAGGCGGCGUUGAAGAUGAAGAUCCACUGGGUAGGAAACUCCAUUUGGGUCCAGGAUGACUGA